AUGGCAAGAAAAUACAUGGAGCGAAGAUUUUCAAAACCACACCGCACCACAAUCCCGGCUAGCUUUAAAGUCCCAGAGCCUUAUGAAUUUUAUAACAAGGCGACGCCCUUCGUGCAGCGAACGCUGCUUUUUGUUGCGGACGAAAAUUCCGGACCGAAGGCGAGCGGUAGCGGUGCUACUGAAAAUUCAAUUGAUGUUCAAGAGACUGCCACUGAAGAACCAACGAUAUCUAAAUCAAGCGACGAACAAGAAAAAUCUCCGAAGAAGAGCUCAUUUUUCUUUUCCCCAUCGAAAAGUUGCAAGAUUCAUGGGCGAAGCUUUUUCAGACUUCAGACAAGCCCCAAGAAGUCGAAAACAGAGGCGACAGGGGACGCGGGAGCUCGAUCCGCGGCGGCUGGAGCGACGACGGGGAACGGGGGGCUAAUCAGCUAUGCUCCUGGGUGGUCACUCAAGGGUGAACACCUUAUGAAAUGGCAAGCUUCAGGGAAGACAACUAUCGAGGUGAUGUACUUUUAUUGCUAUUUUAAUAUGAGGGUGCUAUAUAUUAUAUAUUUAGAUAAUUUUUUUAAUUAA